AUGAGCACUUCGAUCAUCAACGUCCAACGCGACAUCAUCCUCAAUACUAUCCGUAAUGCCGGUGGUCACGAAUGGAAAGUUUUGGUGGUGGACGAGAACAGCAGGAAAUUGAUCAAUUGUGCUGUGAAAGAGGAAGACAUUCUGAACCUCAAUGUAUCCAACAUCGAGCAGAUCGACCACCGGCGAAUGUCCAACCCGGAUAUGGACGCCUUAUAUAUACUCUCUCCGGAGUCUUGGAUUGUGGACUGUCUCAUGGCUGACUUCGAGGUGAAGAGAUACCGCAGAGCGUUCUUGGUGUGGACUUCAUUUCUUGAUCCCAAGCUGCGCGCUCGAAUUGACCGGUCACAAAUGGCGCGCGAUGCCAUUGCUGAUUACCGCAUAAUGAACAUCGACUUCUACCCCCGCGAGUCACAUCUGGUCACUUUCCGCGAUCCGUGGAGCUUCCCCGUCCUGUUCCACCCGGGCUGCAACCAUUUAAUCCGUCGCCAUCUUCAAGAUCUCGCUCAGAAGGUCGUCUCUCUCUGCGCCAGCUUGGGUGAAUACCCGGUCAUCCGCUAUUACCGACCUCGAUCCCCCACCCACGAAGCUGGUGUCCUGUGUUCGCACUUGGCGCGGUUUAUCCAAGAGGAACUAGAUCAAUUUGCUCAAUUCCAGCGUGAUUUCCCUCCCCCCUCAAACCGUCCACGAGGAGUUUUGUUUAUUGUCGACCGCUCAAUGGAUGUUUACGCUCCUCUUCUCCACGAGUUUACAUACCAAGCAAUGGUGCACGACCUUCUGCCGAUCAAAGAGGGUGACAAAGUUACAUACAAGACAUUGCUCAACGAGGGCAAAGACAACGAAGAGGAAAAGGAGAUGGAGCUUGGGGAGCACGAUAAAGUAUGGGUAGACUACCGACACAUGCACAUGAAAGACGUACUCCAGAAGCUCGGCGAGGACUUUGCUAAGUUCAGAGCAGCGAACCCACAGUUUGCCGAAGACAACGACAAACAAAACGUCAACACCAUCAAAGACAUGUUGGCUGGACUGACAGAAUUCACAGAAGGGAAAGAUGCGUAUACUCUCCAUUUGAAUAUGGCAGGGGAAUGCAUGAAGUACUUUGGAGCCCGAAAGCUUAUCGAGGUCAGCUCUAUGGAGCAAUCCUUUGCCACGGGUCUCGACGAAAAUUACAAGAAAGCUAAGAAUUUGGCGGCGCAACUUGUACAGCUGCUCGAUGAUGAUGCAGUGAUUACACCGGAUCGACUCCGACUACUCCUACUGUACAUCAUCUAUCGAGGCGGCCUGCUUGGUGGCGAUAUUCGGAAACUCAUGGCACACGCACAGCUUCCAGGCCAAGAUGGAAACGUCAUUUCUAACCUUGAACUUCUUGGCAUCCGUGUAGAGAAGCCUCUCAAGGAUGAGAAGCCACCACCGCAGCCACUGUUCCAGCGACGAACCCCUGUGCCGGAAUCGGAAGAGCUGAGCUUGACGCGGCCUCACACUGACACCGAUGGUGGAAUGGCCGCGCAGGAGAUGCUCUCUCAGCAAGCUUCCCUGCGCAGUGCUAAGCCUACAUGGGCCCGCACCCGAUCCGUCGACCAACCUCGCCAGCGUAUGAUUGUCUUCAUGGCCGGUGGUGCCACUUAUGGCGAAUCACGUAGCUGCUACGAGAUCUCGCAGACCUACGGCCGUGAUGUCUUCCUAGCCACCUCCCACAUGCUGACACCGGGGCUCUUCAUGCGCCAGGUCGGUGAUCUGGGCAUCGACAAGCGCCGCCUUGAUAUACCUGCUGAGCGACCCAAGCCCACAGCCCCUGCUCAUCUCUUCGAGCGAGAGGCGCCUCCUACACCCACACCUCCGCCGCAGAAAAAGGCUGUCUCUACCUCGCAUUUGAACCCACCCGCGCCUCCCGAGGCACUCAUGUCCAACAUGUCUCUGGGGUCGAACGGGUCGGCCGGGACUCCUCCGCCCGGUGGAAAGUUGCAUAAGAAGGACAAGGAGAAGAAGGAUAAGAAGGAUGAUAAGGAGAAGAAGAAGUACCGAUUCUUCAAGUGA